UGCGUCCGCGGGCGCCCCCUGUGUGCUGCAGCGCGCACGGAGACAGACGGACAUGGAGCUCGUGUAGAAAAGCGGACCAGUGCUGCCGCCGCCGCCGCCGCCGCCGCCUUAUUGUCCGGGAAGUCGCUCUCCACGCUGCUGGACUAAACAUGCUUCACUGACGGACACCGACAGCUGCACCGGGCCAUGACCGUGUCCAUCCACCGAUGGCGUCAUGCACUGACUCGGAUGUGAGAGCGCUCUGCCGGGGCGUUGGCAUGGCCCAGGGAUGAAUGGCGACGGGGCGCCCAGCAGCCCGGAGCUCUCCUCCUCGUGCCCGCCGCCUGACUGGAAGGAGUUCUGUGAGCUGCACGCCCGCGCCUCCGCCACUGACUUUGCCCACAAGUUCCGGCGCUUCGUCAGCGAGAACCCGUGCUACGACUCGCCGGGUGCUGACGCCAGCUUCUCUCAGCACUUCGCCCGCCACUUCCUGGACUGUUUCGCAGCCACCCUCAGCCAGGCACGGGAGCCGGGGUCACCAGGCUCCGCCCCCAAGUACAGCAUUGUGCCCUUUGCCGGCCUCCGGAGCUGCCCACCGCCCUACGGCCACGACCUCUACCAACGGCGCAAGGACGCGGGCGCUUCCAGUGAGUCACUGGACAGCAUGGACAGUGUGGGAGGAGGGGGUGCUGGAGGAAGCUCCACCCCCCACAAGGUGUCGGCCUUAGGCCAGUCACGGAGCUCAGAGGACGUGUCUCUGGGCCACCACCACCCCAAAGCACGCUUCAAGAAGGGCUUCUCGCUGCGCAACAUGAGCCUCUGUGUGAUGGAUGGGGUCAGGGAGAUCUGGCACCGCCGGGCGUCUCCAGAAGGGGACAGGAAGGCAAACGGAGGGGAGGCUGGUGGGCCCGAUCGCUGGAGUCAGAAGCUGAGGUUGGCACGCAGUUCACAGAGUCACCGGGGGGCCGAGCUGCUGGAAAUCCAGAGGGAGGGGGCGCUGCGCUACAUGGUGGCUGACGACACCAACUGCGUGGGGACGGCGCAGUGGCAGAAGUGCAGGCUGCUGCUCAGGAAGACAGGAGGCGCCUCAGAAGGCGGCGAAAAGUUCUUGCUGGAGUUCUUUGUGCCGCCAAAGUCCUCUAAGCCCAAGGUUAGCGUGCCUCUGUCGGCCAUCGUGGAAGUGAGGACCACGAUGCCUCUGGAGAUGCCGGACAAAGACAAUACCUUUGUGCUGAAGGUGGAAAAUGGCGGGGAGUACAUCUUGGAGACCAUCGACUCUCUGCAGAAAAACUCCUGGGUCGCUGACAUCCAGGACUGCAUAGACCCUGGGGACAGUGGUGAUGACAUUGAGCUUGCAUCAUGUCCACACGGCCAACCUUCCAAAGAAUUCUCCAUGGUGGCCUCCUGCAGUUGUGAGCUCCUGUCUGAAGGUGUGCAUCGGGCUCCUGAGAGGUUGUCUGCCACUGCUGCUGACCAUUACAGCGCCCCCACCGUCCGCUGCAGGGAACUACCAUUCACACAACACCCCUCUCAUGUGCCCUUAGAGCGAUUCCUCCAGUUGCCAGAGGCUCAGAAUGCUAGCCCACCACCAGGAGGUCCUGGCGAGCCCCCAGGGGAGAUGGAGGGUGAGGGCAGCCUGGUGGGUUACCCAUGGUUCCAUGGGACACUGUCGCGUGUCCGGGCGGCUCAGCUGGUGCUGGCUGGCGGUGCUCGCAGCCAUGGCCUGUUUGUGAUCCGCCAGAGUGAGACACGGCCGGGAGAAUACGUCCUCACCUUUAACUUUCAGGGCAAAGCCAAGCACCUGCGCUUGUCUGUGAAUGAAAACGGACAGUGCCAUGUGCAUCACCUCUGGUUCCAGACGGUGUGCGACAUGCUGAGGCACUUCCAUGCCCACCCCAUCCCACUGGAGUCCGGCGGCUCGGCUGACAUCACACUGCGCUCAUAUGUCCAGGUGCAGCGCAGCCCUACAGACGUUCCCCACGUUCCCACUCCUCCACGUGAGGCGCCCAGCUGCCGGACAGAAGCCGCCCAGCUGAACCACCCCCACCUCCCUGGCGUCCCGCAGCCUCCAGCGGCCCCCUCAUCCGACGGCCCGCUCUCCUCCAGCUCCUCUUCCUCCCCCACGGCUCAGCCACCAGGAGGCCUGGGUGGAGGCCUCCACAGCCGGAGCAACAGCGCAGAGAGGCUGCUGGAGCCCCCUGCUGGCGGCGCAGAGGAGUACCAUGAUGGUGAUGGCACACGGAGGACAAGAGCUGUGGAGAACCAAUACUCUUUCUACUGAAAGGUCCAGCUGCCCUGAACUCUUGCAGUGGUGGUCCUGAAGAACCCCUGCCCUUCAUAUUUUGUUGUUUUCCCUGCUCCCACCACACCUGAUCCAACUAAUCAGCUCCUAGGGACGUAAAAUAUCUGACCUCACAGCAGUUUGAUGCAAUUCUUCAGGAACUGUCAAGAAAUCUCAAACAAUUCAAAUUAUUUUGGUACGAUUCAGAUUUUUUUUAACACUUGGAGGAACUGUUAAUGCAGAAGUGCAAUAUACACAAUAAAAAACAAUACCAAAGAUUUUUUCUUGGUUUUAUAUGUUUAAAAACAGCCUGAAAAUUGUAUUUUGGCCAAAAAAUGAGUGCAUACUUUAUAGAAUGUAUUACAAUUCAUGAUUAAAAAAAAAAAAUCCAAAAUCAUUUCACUUCAGUUAUCACCUUCACUUUUACACUGCUGGCUAAAUAACAAGCCGUUCCUGAGCUGAUAGUAGGUUUGUUAGAGCAUCUGAAACAAUAAAAUGUGCCAAACAGGGGUUUUCCAGGACCACGAGCAUUGCCCUACAGAAAGGAUGUAUCCAAAUUUAAUACUAGGAUACAUGCGCUUCUUCAGGAAUUUGGUUGUUCUUUGCAGACUAUUUUUAUUUGAAUAAUAUUUCCUACACAACAGUUUUUCAAAUUACACAAAUUCCUGAAAGCAAAGGUAAAAGGUCCCUCCACCACCAAGGAUCGUGCAGCUUGGCUUCAAGGACUCACUGUUUGCUUUUCUUUCUGUUUUCUUCAUUCAUCUGCAAAGUUAGGACGAUCCUGCUCUGCUGUGUUUCGAUACGGAGCUUUUCCUUUCCGGAGAGGAAGCUGUCGUGGCGAGACAUCUGACAGCGCUUAACCUUCAUCAAGCCGUUUCCUGCAGAUGCCCCCUUGCUCGGCCUUUUUCUCCCACCCCCGCUGUCCUCCGGCCCUGCUAACUGAUCAAAAAAGUUAAAAGCUCCCCAGCCAAAUCGAUUUCCCCCGAGUGUCUCCACUUAUGUUUAUGAAGCUGUUGAUAGAACAUCCCGGAUACCCCCCCCCCGCCAACCGACUCUGGGGCUUUGUGGACAUGGCUUCCCACAAGUUGAACGUGGCUGCUCCGGCCAGCUGGGGUGAACAGGGUCAGUCCUCCAGAAGCGAAUGGUUGCAAUUAACUAAGCCAACAAAGAGUGCUUGGCUCGUUUUUGGGCGGCGGGUACAAUGCACUACGGAUCAGCUCCUGUACAUCAGCCACACUUUAUUGCACUAUAUCAGCAAACAGAAACUCUACGUCACAUUUCUUAGCAAGUAAAUCCAAUGCUGGUACAUUAUUGUCCAUGCAUUCACAAGCCUAACCGUUCACAACUAUACUCAAUGUUCAUAUCAAGAAUCCUAGCAGUCCACUUAUCCCCAUUAUAGGAAUACUUCAGCACAAAGUCAAGUUUACACAGUUUUCUCCUUAUCCCAGAUGCAGAUAAUUAGCCAAGACUAAUUACCUCCUUUAGUUUUGCAGUGAAGCAGAGAGGCUAAUGUAGCUAACAAGUAGUAGAUACUUAUGCUAUGCUCAGCUGAAGCUCGUAACUCCCACGACCAACUAGAAAAAAAAUUUUAAAUGCUCCUCAGCUAGAAAUUCCUACUCGGAAGGUCAGGAUGGUGUUCUGAACUCUGAGCUCAGCGUAUGAUGUUAAAUCAAAACGGCUUCUCACACUGUCAGCAGUAAUAAACACCCAGUUAUCUA